GGCAGUGGGCUCCUACAGGGGCGGCAGCCACGGCGGCCACCCUCGGCGACGGCAGUGCCAACCCGUUCGCGCCUUCGACCGAUCAGCUGUUCGAGGCCUUGCUACGUCGCGCCCCGCAGCAUGGCGAGCGCUUGGCAGCGCUCAAGAAGGAGUUCGAGGACGCUCCGCCGCCAGCUGCCGCCGCCCCAGUCAAGCCCAGCCUCGAGCGUGAACGAGAGGCACAGCGGCUGGCAGUGGCUGCUCGCAAGGCCGAUGAGUCCCUUGCGAAGGCGAUCGCCCACGAACAGGAGUGCACCGAAUGGUUGGCACGGGCUCGGGCUGCUGUGGAGCAGGCCGCGCAAGAUGCAGCUGACGCCAGGCUGGCCCAUGAGCAGCAACUGGAGCAGGACCUCCAGCGCCUCAAGAGUCGAGAAGGUGCUGCACGUGUUGCCGCUGCCGCCGACCCCAAGCCCAAGCUCAACCUGUCCAGCUUUCUCGACGAGGGCGACGAGCUCGGGCAAUUGUUCGAGUUCGAGGACGGCGAGGCCUUCGACUUCGCCGAUCUGGACCUGGCCAAGGAAGACAUCGAGGCUUGGCAGAAGCACAAGAUUUCGUUGGCACAGGAGAUCAAGCAGGCGAUCAGUGCGGCGAUUGGCCCAGCAGCUGCUCAACUGGGUGCUCGCAGACAGCAGUUCAAGGAGUUCAAGGCGAGGCAGCUGCUGAAGGUAAAGAUCGUGCUGAGGAGCAGCCUGCAGGUGGAGACCAGCCUGCUGCCCCUGCCGCAGGCGAAG